CCCGACCGAGCUAAAUAAGCGCCUUUCCGCGAUUGUUUUCCCUACUUUUUAAAUAUGAGGGGCCAUCGUUUGUUCAAACUUCCCCACCAUGGAAUUUCUGUCGAUAGUUCCUGGAUGCUUUUCUGGUUUUGGAAGCAACAUGACUGAGGGCGAUUAUGGCGAACAACGAAUACUUUGGGGCUGAUAUUGCCUCUCAUGCGACCGAGAAUUAUUUUAUGGCGCUAUGGCAUACUUAUCGAAUCCCGCUGAUCCUCACGUUGCUCGCAUUGUUGUUGAUUACUAGAGCUGUGUUACACCUAAAAUUCGGUCGCGAGAAGAUCAUAUACACCCCCCCCCCGACUCCAUCUGAGAAAACGCAUGUGGCAGCCAACCCACAGCGCGAGCAAUUGGUCGAGAAAGCGCCCAUCCCCGCGGAAGUGAAGAAGGCAGGACCAAAACGAGUUGUCGGAAAAGUUACCCGCAAGAAGUCGCUUUUGAGGGACCAGCCAGCGAGCAAAGAUGUGAGGUUCCAAGUCCUGGUCUUCUACUCAACACUAGCCGGCAGCACGGAGAGAACCGCGCAGACACUGACCACCAAACUCGCCGAUACCCUGAAAGCGAACGCCGAGUCAAGCCAAUAUGAGUUCCUCUCACCAAUAGCGCACGACCUGGCCGAGCUCGAGGAUUACGACGAAUACUUCCUCGGCCUCCCCAAACCCGAAGAUGCCAGCCAGGAUAUCAAAUACUUCUACAUCCUCCUCCUGCCGACGUAUAACAUCGACACCAUGACCGAUACCUUUAUCGAGCAUCUGCAGGAAACACACAACGAUUUCCGCAUCGAUACGGCGCCGAUGUCAGCGUUGUUGGGCUAUGCGGUGUUUGGAUUUGGUGAUAGGGAGGGGUGGCCUACGGAGGCGGAGGGAUUUUGCUCGCAGGCGACUGAAGUUGAUAGGUGGAUGGCUAAGCUUACUGCGAGGAAGAGGGCGUUCCCGCUCGGUAUGGGAGAUACAAAGGUUGAUGCACAAGAGAGGUUGGAUGAGUGGAGGCAGGGCGUUGAGGAUGUUCUCCAAAACUUGGGGCAGACUGGCAACCUCGGUGAAGGUGUUGUUGGGAGUGGUGACGCCGAUGAGAGCGAUGUUGAAGAUGCGGAAGAGGAUGAUGUGGAGGUGCAGUCUGAUGGAGCGGUUAAACUCAAAAGGAAAAGUAAGAAGAAGGUGACCAGUAGUAUGGAUGAUGUGGAAGAUAUUGGUCGCAUCUUACAAAAGGGCCAAACCGAGUCAGAGGACCAAGACGAAGACGAAGGGGCAGUCGAUUUCACAACUUAUGGCAAGAAGAAUCCCAAGCCUUCAGCUGCACCCAAGGAAAUGGUUCCAAAGGGGUCGCCCACCUACAACGCCCUCACGAAGCAGGGCUACAUAAUCGUCGGCUCCCACUCCGGAGUCAAGAUCUGCCGCUGGACCAAAUCGGCCCUCCGUGGCCGCGGCUCCUGCUACAAAUACUCCUUCUACGGCAUCGCCUCGCAUCAAUGCAUGGAAACCACCCCCUCCCUCUCCUGCUCCAACAAAUGCGUCUUCUGCUGGCGCCACGGCACCAACCCCGUCGGCACAACCUGGCGCUGGGUCAUCGACCAACCCGAAGACAUCUUCAACGGCGUCAAAGCCGGACACUACCAGAAAAUCAAAAUGAUGCGCGGCGUCCCCGGCGUCCGCGCCGAGCGUUUCGCAGAAGCAAUGCGCAUCAGGCACUGCGCGCUCUCCCUCGUCGGCGAACCAAUCUCCUACCCCUACCUCAACGAAUUCACCGCCAUGCUACACAAAGAGCACAUCUCCUCGUUCCUCGUCUGCAACGCGCAGCACCCCGACCAGCUCGCCACACUCAAACCGGUGACACAGCUCUACGUCAGCAUCGACGCCUCGAACCGCGAGUCCCUGCGCAAGAUCGAUCGGCCGCUGCAUCGCGAUUUCUGGCAGCGCUUCCAACGCUGCCUCGAGAUCUUGCGCGAGAAGCGGUUUGAGCAGCGCACUGUGUUUCGUCUUACCCUCGUGAAGGGGUUUAAUAUCGAGGAUGAGGCGGAGGGGUACGCGGAUCUAGUCGAGAAAGGCCUUCCCUGCUUCGUCGAAGUCAAGGGCGUGACAUACUGCGGCACACCCUCCAGCGGCGCCGCAGGCCUAACCAUGCAAAACGUCCCCUUCUACGAGGAAGUAUGCGCCUUCGUCCUCGCCCUCACAGCCGCGCUCGACAAGCGGGGUCUCAAAUACGGGAUCGCAGCCGAGCACGCCCACAGCUGCUGCAUCCUGAUUGCGAGCGAUAGGUUCAAGAAGGAGGGGAAGUGGCAUACGAGGAUCGAUUAUGCGAAGUUCUUUGAGCGGUUGGAGAGCGGGGAGCCGUUUACGCCGGAGGAUUAUAUGGGGCCGGAGACGCCGGAGUGGGCGACGUGGGGGAAUGGGGGGUUUGAUCCGAGGGAUGAGAGGGUGUAUAGGAGGGGGAAGAAUAAGGUGCCGUUGAGGGUUGUGGGGGAGGAGGGGGAGGAGGGGGAGGAGGGGCAGAAGGAGGAGAAGCCGAAGUUGGUUGAAAUAUAGCUCGGAUAGAGUGCUAUUUGACGUUUAGAUUUGUGAACUCUCGUUUUCACACCCCGAUGUGCCAUCUCUUGACAAAAAAAAGAUCACUGAAGCUUGUAGUGCGCAGUCUUGAUGGGCAUGUGCGUUUGGUACCACUUCGUGCUACUCUGCGUGUGGUGAAGAAGUUUUUUUUUUUCUC